CUUUGUUACGGAAGAGCUUUGUUUGGAAGAGCUGAAGAGGGUCCAGCAGAGUGUGGUGAUGACAGUGAGGGGCCUUGGGCCCUCCAGGGAGCAUGGAAGGGAGCUGGGCUUGUUCACUGUGAUGAAAAGGAGACUGAGGGCAGAGCUAAUGGCAGCCUCCAGCUGAGUGUUGCAGUUGCAGUGACCAUUGAAUCUGAACCGUUUUCAGUAGCACCAGAUGGCAGCAGUCAUAAACCGCAGUUUGAGAGCUUGAGCCUGAGUUUUGGCCAGGAGGGGCAGUGUGUCACUGGAGCAGAUGGAGAUCUUAUAACAAUUUUUGAUAGCUCCGAUCUUUCCUUUGCAAUUCAAUGCAGUAGGAUACUGAAGCUGACAUUGUUUGUGAACGGACAACCAAGACCUCUAGAAUCUAAUCAGGUGAAAUACCUGCGUCGAGAGCUGAUAGAACUUCGUAAUAAAGUCAAUCGUUUACUGGACUGUUUAGAGCCCCCAGCGGAACCAGGGCUUUCCACGAGUCUGCCUGAGAGUGAUGCUGUGGAUGGUAGGGAAGAAAAGCCUGCUGCUGCUGAUGCUGGUGUUAAGCCAUCCACUCAAGUUAUAGCAGCAAGCAUGUCUGCCUUCGAUCCGCUGAAGAACCAGGAUGAAAUCAGCAAGAAUGUCAUGUCAGCAUUUGGCUUGACAGAUGACCAGGUGUCAGGACCACCCAGUGCCCCUGCAGAAGAGCGAUCGGGAACACCAGACAGCAUUGCUUCCUCCUCCUCUGCAGCUCACCCUCCUGGUGUUCAGGCACAGCAGGCAACGUACCCUGGGACACAGCCACAGACAGGUCAGGUGGAAGGUCAGAUGUAUCAGCAGUACCAGCAGCCUGGUUACCCUGGUCAGCAGCCGCAGGCUCAGCCUCAGCAGCAGUAUGGUGUGCAGUACCCAGGUUACAGCCAGCAGCAGACCCCCUCGCAGCAAGCGCAGCAGUUCCCGGCGUACAGCCAGGCG